UCGCGCGGAGAGAACCACCGGCCCUGGUGUGUGCGUUUGCCGGUGCAGUUUGCCGUUGGUUGGUUCUACAGUCGUCGCAUUGUAUUAUCUCUGCUUCGAUUUUAUAUUCAACAAAGCAAUUGUAAAGAGUUUUUAAUAACGCGACGGUGUGGCGAAAAAAAGAAAAAAAUCAUUCGUCGGCCCCGUAGCUGUAACGGACCCGCCGCGAUAGCCGUAGAUUGCCGGUAAAAGCAUCAUAGCUAUAUUUAAAUGCAAAAGAACAAAGAAACGGAACUUUUAUAUCGAGAUAUAUCGCCGAUCGAUUUCGUACGACGUAUAUCACAUACAUUCGGAGAAUAAUACAUAUAAGGAGAUACAAGAGCGGAGAGGAUUCCAUUGUCGCUGUCAACUUGCCGAACCGAAGAAACUCGCGGAUCCGAGAUGUCCUCAAACGCACGGACAGCCGGAAGCACUACCAUUUCCCCGUCGGUUAAAGACUUCUUUCCGGAUAUCCACGGUAACCUGACCAAGGUCGAAUGGGCCCAUGCCGUCAACAGCAAAGAAGACCUCGAAAAUGCCCUCGCCUCGAGUAAUAUUAUGAUGUUGGAGGCUGACGUAGUCCUGGGAACGUUGAACGAUUCGAGCAGCAAGGAUAUAAUUCCCAUCAUGGGUCAUCCCCCGGCGAACACUAGCGAUCUUUCGCUCGAAGAUUUCUUGAACACGGUCCUCAACGAUACGAAACGUGGCGUGAAACUCGAUUUUAAAACAAUCGAGGUAUUCGACGCGAGCAAAUCAAUACUUGCCAAAGUUCGCGAUAACAUGACGUUCCCCGUUUGGCUAAACGCAGACAUUCUUCGAGGGCCCGUUGAAGCAACGGGGACGCCCGUUGAUGCUAAAAAAUUCUUGACCGGCGCAGCCGAGACGUUUCCACAGUCCACUCUUUCCAUCGGUUGGACUACGAGAUACGGUACGGAACCUAAUGUAACCGAGGGCAGCUACAGUGCCGACGACAUAGCGGCGAUGUUGGACGUGGUAAAAAGUAACGACGUGAAACAGCCUUUGACUUACCCUGUCCGGGCCGGCAUGGCGGCAAACAGUUUGACCGAGCUCCAGAACUUGAUCUCUGGCUCACCGAACGGAUCAACAUUGACGAUUUGGUCGCACGAGGGCGACGAGGUUGACGGCGAUAAGUUAUCGGACUUGAUAUUGAAGGUGGGAGUCGACAAAGUCUACGUUGACGUACCGGACGACGUCUGGCAGGAGAUAAAUUUGGACUCCGGAGCUUCAGGGAUGAAAAUGGGCGCGAUGGCUUUCGGUGCUAUGCUAGCGGCUGUGAUUCUCAUCAGAUUGUUCUGAACUACUUAUAAAUAUGUUAUCGGAUGAACUUUUAUUGCGGAAGAAAAGAACCAUCAAUACCGCGCUAUUUCGCCGGGUUUGAGUAAGACGGAGUACGGCACGUUCGUGGUUGAAAUCGUAAGAUAAUCAUCGAUUACUUGACAGAACUUUGGGGCAGUUUGGUUUGAGGAUUGUGUUAAAAUAUUGUUAAGAGUUCGAGCUGAUUUUUCCAUCGAUUUUCAAUUAAAUAUUCGACGUUGUUCCAAACGAUUUGCGGAUUAUUAUCGCCCGGUGAAUAUCGCCAAUUCCAAUCGUUUCGUUGUGCAAUUUGAUACUCGAACGAAUUAUUUCAUUCGAUAUCGUUCGGGUCAGUUUUAUCGGAGGAUAACAUUGCGAUUGAUCGUAAUCGUUGUUCGGUCCAUCGGAGUAUGAAUAAAAUUAAAAAUCUAUGACGAUCGACACCUAUGAAAAACGAAACGAAAAAUAAAUAUCUGUAAUUACCUAUUACAAAGAAAUGCUAUUUAUUUCGUAUCAAUGAAAUCGACUUCUAUAGUAUAAAGGCAAAGUAUAAAUGCAUUUGUUGACUUUUUCUAUGAAUUGAAUAAUAAUAAUAAUAAAAAUAACGAUACCACCAAACUAACGAUGAUAGUUGUAAUAAUAAAUAUUCUUACUUGUGCGAGUACGUAUUUAUAAGCAUGAUCUAGGGUCGCACAGAGGUGCAUCGAAAAAUGCACACAUGUCAACUUAGGCCGCAUUUACAAUCGGCAAGUUCGAAUUAUGAAAAAUAUUAGCUCCCUGAUCAAUUAUCAAGCACUAAUUAUACGCUCUCAUUGCAAAUUGAAAGAUUUUCAUAAUUGUAUAACAGACAUACACGUAUAUAUAUAUGACCGCAUAUAUAUAUUUUUUUUUUUUCUCAAAAAAUGUUUGUAAAACAUAAUAUCACACAUAAUUGAAAAAAUGUGCACAUCGUCGUUAUACAUAUAUCUAUCGAGUUGAAUACAUGUCUUUAAUAUCUAUA